AUGGUUACAGUGAAUGGUAGACCAUUGACAAUUUUCAAUGACUCUGGGUUUUCAAAAAUUCUACGUCCCUUAACAGAAGCAAUUGGUGGAGGAUUUACUAUUAACUCGCAAAAUAUUAAAAAUCACAUAUUUAAUGCAUCAAAUGUGAUUAUUUCAAAUAUUAAAAAUGACAUUAAAAAGCAACUAAUAAGUUUAAAGAUUGACUCAGUCAAACGUCAUAAUCGUUCAAUAUUGGGUAUAAAUAUUCAAUAUAUUAAAGAUGGUAAAAUUUCUUUGAAAACAUUAGCAAUGGUAGAAUUGUUUGACAAGCAUACCGCAGAAAAUUUAAAACAAUCGCUUCUUGAUGUACUUACGAAGUAUGAAAUAACUCAAGAACAAAUUUAUACAAUAACUUGCGACAAUGCUGCAAAUAUGAUAAAGAUGGCUAAAAUAAUGACUGUCAAUGAUAUUGAGAAUAAUUUUAUUGAUUCAAGUGAUGAAGUUGAUAAUGAUAUUCCAGACAUCAACAAUGAAGAUGUUGAAGAUGAUGACAGCCAGAAAGACAGUGAUGAUGAGUACCUUAAUGAUGGAACAUCAAUAGCUAAUGAAGACAUUGAGAAUGAACUUUUUUUUGACUUAUUUAAUACAGAUGAAGCGACCAUAGCGAUUCAAUCUUUUGAAGAUGAUGUGUUUGACGCCAUAUCAGCUUCAUCUAUAACGUCAUGUGUGCGAUGUGCCGUGCAUACUUUGCAACUAUGUAUUCUAGAUGGGUUUAAAAACGCACCAAUCACCAGUUGCAUAGUUCAAGCAAGAAAGGUGGUGAAAAAACUGAGAACUCCCAAGUAUGCCACUUGGCUAAAAAGAAAAAACCUCAAAUAUGCUAUAAUUGAUAACGAAACAAGAUGGAACUCGGUCUACAAUAUGUUAUUUAGAUUAUUAGAGUUGAAAGAAUUUUGCCAAACCCACCAUAAUACAAAUACUGAACUCAAAUUAAAAAAAGUGAAUGGGAUUCCAUUAAAAGUUGAUGCAUUAGAGCCUGUCAAAAUAGCUACUUUAGCUCUUCAAAAGCAGGACAUAAACCUCGGUGACUUCUAUGGGGUAUGGCUUAAAGCAUCCCACGGUCUCCAGUCCAAUGGUUCAAUUUUAGCUAAGCAAAUUUUGAAAUCAAUGAAACAGCGUGAAGUGCUUUUAUUAAAAAACCCUGUUUUUUUGGCAGCAAUUUUCCUUGAUCCACGUUAUCAAUGCAUGUUAAACGAAGCUGACAAAAACACCGGAAUUAAUCAUUUAGUUAAAACUUGGAAGUUUAUGAUUCAAAUACAAGAUGAUAUAUGUGAAACUGGUGAUGUCAAUAACUCAGCUAUAGCCAGUACUAAUGUUGAUUCUCCUAAUAACACUACUGAAACUACUGAUGACCAGGAUGUAUUUGAAUUAUUUUUAUCAUCUCAAUCAUCUGCUUCAAGUCAUCAUAGUGGCACAGGUAUCUUAGAUGAUAUAUCUGUUAAGCUGUGUAAUUUUAAAGAUGUUAAUCGCCUACAUUACAAAACAAAUAUAUUGACAUUUUGGGAGACCCAAAAACACGACAAUUUUGAACUUUAUAAGCUAGCAACAAUUGUUCUUGCAGUACCUGCUACUCAGGUUAGUGUUGAACGAAGUUUCAGUGGUAUUAAGUUUAUUUUAUCUGAUUUACGUACAUCAUUAUCAGCUAAUUUAUUAGAUGCUAUAAUGAUUGUACGCUCAAAUACAAAGUUUAAUAAAUAA